AUGUCGUAUACAGACACUGGCGAUGCUGCAGCGCCAAGUUCACGCCGCAACCUCAGUCGGCCUGCCAGCGCCGAACCCCCAGCACUGAGCGACACCACGCCUUAUCAGUCUUCGCGCACGCUCAACUCAUCCUCUCGCCUCUCGAACUACACUGAGGCCGCUACCCGGCGAUCUUCGUUUCAGAGCGCCCGGGCCAGCUUAUAUCAGGACACCGAAGGCUCGAUUGCCUAUGACGAUGCCAGCCAAGGAUUUGACCAUCCCGACCUCGAUAGUGAUUUGGAGGUGCGCAGCCAGCAACGCCCGAGGUCUCGCAACGGCGAAGAGACUCGUGCUUUGUCACCGUUUCAGUCUGCGAUGGGAAGACGGUCGUACAGUGAGGAUCGGGAUGCACUCGAGACGACGCUCGACGAUCCUAACACUUCGUCGUCAAAUCCUGCAGCUGCCAGUGGCCUGGCACGUAGGCGAUCUUCUCAUAAGAGACAAUCAACCGACCUCACACGUCCUGUCUCCUCCCUUUCCCAACGCAGCAGUAUGAGCGGCACCGUCCACGACGACCCACAACAUCGUCUGCGUGAUGCAGCCACCGCGGCUGCCAACCGUUCCUCCAUGUCGAAUCGUCGUCGUUCCGUCGAAAUUGAUCAGCUCGCCAACAGUAUCAGUCGCGCUUCUACACCACACGGCUUUCGCACGGAGGAUGUCGACGACGAUGACGCUGCUACGUCUCAACCCAGAUCGCGCCCGGGCAGCUCGCUGGCUUUGCGUAGGUACGACGAGAACGGUGGUUCUUUCAUCAAGAGGGACGGCACAAAGGAUCGUGGGACUAUCUUGCCCCCGGCUGGAUUCUUUGCUCCCAAGAAGCCGUCGGCACGCAACUCGUCGAGCAAUCUUCUCGCAACCACGACUUCGCCUACCGCGCCACAUGCCGGUCGAAGUACCACGCCUCUGUCCUUCUACUCGCUCGGUCCUCCUGCUGCUGCAGAGGGGACAGCGCAGGAGGUCUUGGAGGAUCAUGACGCUCGGCAAGCGGGAUACGAACAACAAGGCGUGAUUCCAGCUCGUGCGCCAAGCCCAUGGGGUCUGGCGGCUUCCAGAAUCUCGAUGGCCGACUUGGGCCAACACAAUAUCACUUCCUACUCGGAGGACGGUACUGAUCGCAACAACAGCCUCACUGCUGAUGGCACCGCGCCGAUGCACCCCUUGGAUCCGAGUGAUGGCUUUCCGACACCGUCAGCUCACCCGUCGCCUCAUUCCGCAGUACGCAUGAUGGCGAGCACCGAUCCACUGUUGCCUGCACAAGCCAUUUCAGGUGCUGCCACUGCCACAACCACAAUCACUGCGAACGACAACAGCAACAACAGCGCUUCGUCGCGCAAUAUGGGACUAGGUCUCGAUACCAGCGCUGCGACGAUAGAGGCCAACGUGCCUGUCACCGAUCAGCGCGUAUCGCCGCCAAACAGCAAGUUUUCGCCGACAUUGCCACUUGAAAGCGGAAAGACUCAAGUGAAAGGCGGUGCGUCCACCGAUACUGCCGCAGCCACUGCUACUGCAAAAACAGCCAAAAGCGGACCACGCAACUACCGCAAUCACAAAGGCGACAACCGCUUCCUCCUCGGUGGCCUGCUCAUGACGUCCGGCGACAACCCACUCCCCUUCGUCCUCUCCUACCUCCUCCUCCUCGUCCUCGGCGGCCUCUUUUACGGCUUCGAAGCAGCCUGGCUCUCGUCCAACGUCAGUCCCGCCGUCAUCGCCAUCUUCACCUACAUCUGGCUUCAAGCCGUCGUCAACAUGGGCGUCACCGCCUUCCGCGAUCCGGGUGUCAUCCCGCGAAACCUCGACCCGGACCCGCCGUGCGUGUUGGGCGAUACACCAUUCGAGCCUGGCCGCCACGCGCUCGCCGACCCCGAAGACCCCAUGGCGAUUCCUGUGCAGCGCGUGCUGCGCAUCCGGAGUCAGGUGGUCAAAGUCAAGUGGUGCGAGACGUGCGGGACGUAUCGACCGCCGCGGAGCAGUCAUUGUCGCGUUUGCGACAACUGUGUCGAGAACAUCGACCACCACUGUACAUACCUGAAUACGUGCAUUGGGAGGAGGAACUACGUGUCGUUCAUGGUGUUUCUAAUGACGUCGAUUGCAGCGGCACUGUACGUGGUCGCGUUCACCGCAUUGCGGCUGGUGCUGUUGACCAAGCCAGACGGGUACACGUAUCCACGUGGCGGCAGUGCGCCCGGGUUGACGUUCAGGGGAGCACUGGCGCAGAGUCCCGUGUCAGCAGUGCUCUUCAUCCUGUGUAUCGCUGCAGCUGCACCCUUGCUCGUGCUCUUCACGUACCACAUCCGCCUCGUGCUGUUGAAUCGCAGCACGGUCGAGCAGAUCCGCAUCAACACUGCGCGCGAGUAUGGAGAGCACAAGGAGCUUGAGCUGGGCACGCAUGGCGAUGCUGACGACGAUGCAGGGUCGACCUACGGCGCGGCGGAGGCGAAUCGCCGCAGUCGCAGGCGUGGAGCGCUAAGGGCGCUGUUCGAGCGGUUCGGCGUGCUCAAACCCAAGUAUCGCGAUCCGAAUCCGUUCGCAAGCAGAAGCACGAGGGUCAAUGUUAGGAAUGCGCUCGGUUGGCGUAGCGUCAUGCUGGAUAGCUGGAUCGAUAGGCGCGCGGUGCAGAGGCCGGAUGCGAGGGUCGCUCAUCCGAAAGGCGGCCUCGAGUGGAAGGCUUAG